AUGGCCCCCGCACCUCCCCCCCCUCCCUCCGAGGGCCCCCCCAUCGAUUCGGGGGGAACAAAAGAAGGGGUGGCUGGAAAAGCCGGAACAAGAGUGGUGCCUGAAAAGGCUAUGUGUUUGGGCCCUAGGCCCGAUAUGGAUGCUCUAAAGGGCCGAGAAGAGAGGAUGGAAGUGGGGAACCCGACCCAGGAACAGGGACGCCCAAUGACCCGCUCUCGCUCCAACUCGGCGGUAAUAGAGUUUGUGCGCCCGUCGGACAUGGCUGCCGGGCGUAAGAAGAGACGCCUUGAUGACGGCGCUGAAUAUGACUCCGCAGACUCGAUGGCUAGCUCUGUGGACGUCGAGGAAGCGGCAUUAGCCGCGAAGAAAGGGAGAUCCCCCAAUGAAGGGAAUCUUUGCGCGGGCCUCGCGACGGCAAAAGUGGUCCUGGUUAGAAGCCGGCGCAGGGAGUUCCUAAAAAAUAGGGGCCCCCGCGAUCACACGGACCCCGCAGAGGUGUACAUACAUAAGGUCCGGGAGGCGAUUGUCGAAAAGACAACUGAGGCUAAGGCGGUCGUCAAGAAGUCGGGAAAUCUGAAGGGGACCUGCCAGAGGCAGAUAAAUGAUGCGCUGAAUGGCCUAGCAUCCCUGGCGGAGUCCCUGGAAGCGGAUCUCAUCCCGAGAUCGGUGACGCCACUACUGAGGAGGAACUCCGACAUCCAGUCGGAACUCCACAGACUCCAGAGGGAAAAUGAGGAGCUCAGGGCUAAGAUUGCCACUGCACCCUCGGCGGAAAGCCUGAGGCCGACACCGGCCUUCCAGCAUGCGGCACGUUCAUCCAAGAACGCAAAUGACUGGGACACGUUCAGGUCCCAGAUCAUGGAGGACGUUGGCCGCAUGAUGGAGCGGCAAACGGCGGAACUCAUGCGUCAAGUUAGGCAGCAUGAUAGCUCCACAGCGGCUAGACUUGGGGUUGGAGGACGAUGUCCCCAACUACAUGUACCGUCCCCCUCUCCAGAACGGGGACCGAAUCGAGGCGUACCGGCAAGAGGGGAACAUCAGACCUGGUGUUGCCCCCCAAGCCGGAACCAGCGGGAGCAAGGCGCCACAGUCAGCGCCGCGGGCGCAGACAAAGAAGGCGAGCGGGUCCCAUUCUCAGACCCAAUCGCAAAAGAAGGGGAAGGGGGCCCCCUCGCCAAACAAGUUGAAGGCCCCCCGCUCUGCGGCAGUAAUCCUCGCCCUCCGCAAGAAGCGGAGAAGGCCGGAGCGAGUUAUGCCGGCAUCCUUAGGGAGGCCAAGGCAAAAAUUGACCUGGCCUCACUAGGCAUUGAGGAGCUCCGUUUCAAGUCGGCGGCAACGGGGGCGAGGAUCCUUGAGAUCCCGGGUUCUCAGAGCGGGGAAAAGGCAGAUGCGCUAGCGCAGAAGCUGCGAGAGGUCCUCGGGGAAAACCCUGUGCAGGUCUCCAGGCCCACCAAAACCGCAGAGAUGCGGAUAAUGGGCCUGGAUGACUCGGUCACCCCUGAGGACAUCGCACAGGCGGUAUCCAGGGACGGUGAGUGUGCGCCCGAAGAGGUUAAGGCAGGGGAAAUCCGCCUUAACCCUUCUGGACUAGGCACAUGCUGGGUGCGGGCGCCGAUCUUAGUGGUCAAAAAGAUCACGACGGCCGCCCGCAUCAAGGCCACGUACGGAUGCGGUGCCCGCACGAGGGGGACCGCAGUGGCCUCUGCUUCAGGUGUAGCAGACCUGGUCACAAGGCCGCUGGCUGCACAGCCGCUCCAAGUUGCGCCAUCUGCCGGGAGGCGAGCAAGCCGGCGGACCAUUGGAUGGGGAGCAAAAAUUGCUCCCCAAACAGGCAAAAUAAGGCCAAGAAGGGGCCGGCACCCGCACCACCAGCGACAGCCGCCGUCCGUUCCGUCCUCUGACAAUUGGUUCGGCGACUACGACGGCCUCGUGGCUGUCAUUCGUACAGGGGGGAGUUCUGCCUCCCCUCCCUGCUUGCCUCUAUUCAGGGGCUCAGGGUACGUAGGUGUGAGUUGGGGGGAAAUCGCCGUCGUCGGAGUGUACUUCUCUCCCAAUAGGACUCUCGCCGAGUUCGAGGAAUACUUGGACGGGCUGGGAAUUGCAAUCAGUGUGCACCCAGCCCGUUCCGUGCUCGUCAUGGGGGGACCUCAAUGCCAAGUCUACGGCUUGGGCUCCCCCAUCACGACGAUACGAGGCGAGGUCCUAGAGGACUGGGCGGUGGCGUCCGGCCUUUCAAUCCUAAACGUGGGGUCGGUCGCCACUUGUGUGCGAUGGCAGGGGGAGUCUAUAGUGGACAUCUCCCUUGCCAGUCCAGCCAUCGCGCACAGGGUGCGGGGCUGGCAGGUGAUGGACGAGGUGGAGAGCCUGUCGGACCAUCGCUACAUAAGGUUCGACAUUCUCCCCUCGUCCGGAGCUCCGCACCCGGACCGCUCAGAGAGUGACACUUCGGCGUUCCCCAAAUGGGCAUCGAGACGUCUUAAAAGACGUGCUGGUGGAAGCUUCCAUAGUCCAGGCCUGGUUUCAAAUACCAUCCAGGCCUGUGGAGGUUGA